GGAAAUUUACGUCGCUCAGUUCAGUUCGGUCAUAUACACGAGUUCGGUGCGUUUUACUGAGAAACAUGGCGCUCAUUUCCACAAGAGCAAUCUUCAGUCCCGUUUUGAGGCAUACUCUCAAGCAGAUUAUCUUCACGAAGCAAUUACCAAAAUGUCAACGUCGUUAUCAACUUGGCAGUCGUUUGUUUCUUCCAACUGUUAGUAGUCAGAGGUUUUAUGCAGAAAAGAAGGUCUUCAGCCGUGACAAACCACACUGCAAUGUGGGCACUAUUGGUCAUGUUGAUCAUGGCAAAACAACUUUGACAGCAGCUAUUACCAAAGUAUUAUCUGAGAAAGAGUUAGCAACAGCCAAAGGAUACAAUGAAAUUGACAAUGCACCUGAGGAAAAGGCUCGUGGUAUUACUAUUAAUGUGGCACAUAUUGAGUACCAGACAGAAAACCGUCAUUACGGACACACGGAUUGCCCAGGCCAUGCAGAUUAUAUUAAAAAUAUGAUAACGGGAACAGCACAGAUGGAUGGCGCUAUACUAGUUGUAGCUGCCACAGAUGGUACAAUGCCACAAACAAGAGAACAUUUGUUGCUCGCUAAACAGAUCGGCAUUGACCACAUUGUUGUUUUUAUUAAUAAAGUUGAUGCUGCUGAUUCAGAAAUGGUAGAGUUAGUAGAAAUGGAAAUACGGGAGUUACUUUCUGAAAUGGGUUACAAUGGUGACGAUGUACCGAUAGUGAAGGGUAGUGCACUAUGCGCGCUCGAAGGAAAGAAUCCAGAAAUAGGUGCAGAAGCUAUUAUGAAAUUAUUGGAAGAAGUGGACAAACAUAUUCCACAACCACAGAGAGAACUUGACAAACCAUUUUUACUUCCGGUAGAAAAUGUGUAUUCUAUUCCUGGACGAGGUACCGUAGUCACUGGUCGAUUGGAACGCGGAAAACUGAAAAAAGGAACGGAAUGCGAGUUUAUAGGUUACAACAAAGUUUUUAAAAGUACAGUCACGGGUAUAGAGAUGUUUCAUCAGAUAUUGGAGGAAGCUCACGCCGGGGAUCAACUCGGUGCUUUAGUAAGAGGUGUGAAGAGAGAUGAUGUCAGAAGAGGCAUGAUAAUGUGCAAACCCGGUACAAUGAAGGCGUAUGAUAAUAUAGAAGCGCAAGUGUAUAUGUUGACAAAGGAAGAAGGUGGCAGAAAGAAACCGAUUGCAAAUUUAAUACAACUACAAAUGUUCUGCAAAACGUGGGACGUUGCAGCGCAAUGCACAGUAGUGGGGAAGGACUUGGCCAUGCCAGGAGAGGAUAGCAAAUUGGUGCUAAAAUUGAUAAGACCAAUGGUGUUGGAGAAAGGACAGCGUUUCACAUUGCGAGAUGGUUCGGUGACCCUAGGAACCGGCGUAGUCACGAACACAAUGAAGCGACUUACGGAAACCGAACGAGUAUCCCUUCUCGAAGGCAAGAAAGCAACGAUGAAGAAAGAAAAGCAACAACAGAAGCAGUAGACAUUAUUAACAGUAGAUUUCGAAAACAUUUAUUAUAAGAUGAAACAAUGUCGCUGCAAUAAACGAAAAAAUAUAAAAUAAUUUAUAACAAUUUUGAUUGAAAUACAGCGAUUUCAAAUGUACGUAUGUUUAAAAUAUCUGACAUCCUGUGCAACAGAAAUUAAUUUGAGGAAUGUACAAUAUACGUUAUGUAGUAAUAAAUAAAAUUAAUUAUGUAUCUAAAAGUA